GGCGGGGCCCGCGGCUCAGACGCUGCGGAGAUGGACGGGAGUUUCGAGGCGUGCUCGGAGGCGGCGCGCUGGCUGCGGGCGCAGUUCCGGGAGCCGCCGCGGGUGGCGCUGGUGUGCGGCUCGGGGCUGGGGGCGCUGGCCGAGGAGCUGACGGAGGCCAAAGCCAUCGACUAUCGCGACAUACCGCACUUCCCGCGCAGCACCGUGCAGGGCCACGCCGGCCGAUUGGUCGUGGGGCGCCUCGGCUCCGCCCCCUGCGCCGUCCUGCAGGGGCGGUUCCACCUCUACGAGGGCCACGCCCCCAGCCAGGUGGUCAUUCCCAUCCGGACCAUGGCCCUGCUCGGUGUCCACACCCUGGUGCUGACCAACGCCGCGGGCUCGCUGCGGCCGGAGCUCAGCCCCGGGCACCUGCUGGUCAUCCGCGACCACAUCGACCUGGCCGGGCUGGCCGGACGCUCGCCCCUCGUGGGGCCCAAUGAUGACAGGUUCGGUCCCCGUUUCCCGCCCAUGGUGGACGCCUACGACCCGGCCCUGCGGCGCCUGGCCCUCGCCCUGGCCCCCAAGGAGCUGCGGGCGCGCUCGGGGGUCUACGUGGGCGUGGGGGGGCCGAGCUACGAGACCCCGGCCGAGUGCCGCUACCUGCGCAGGGUGGGGGCGCACGCCGUCGGUGCCCAGGUUUAUUCCCAGGUGUAUUUGUUUAGGUGUGCUGACCCCCGUUCUCCCCGGGAGAGCGACGGUGUCGAAAAAACCGCGCGCCACCUGGGGCUGCGCGUGCUCGGGCUGUCGCUCAUCACCAACAACGCCCCCGCCGACAGCGACGACGAGGACGACGAUGACGUCGCCUGUGACGUCACGGGGGAAGGGGGAGGGGCGGGGCCGGAAGCACGCCCCGCCCCGCCGGACGCGGAGCACGAGGAGGUGCUGGCGGCCGCGCGCGAGGGGGCGCGGCACCUGCGCGCGCUGCUGGCCGCCCUGGCGCCGCGAUUGGACGAGCCCGGGAGACACGCCCCCCUCCGCCACGUCAUCGCGGCGGGGGCGACGUCAUCCUCGGGGUGA